AUGCAUCCAGCAAAGCCAGCAAAUUCAGCAAAUUCAGCAGCAAACCCAUCACCGAAUCCAUCACCGAGUCCAGCAGCCGACUCAGUAGUUACGGGUAUCCCAGCAUGGAAUUUACUAUCAAAUCAAGCAGCAUCGAAUCUACUACCGAACCUAACGGGGCUGCCGCUGAAUCAAUCAGGGGUUCUAGCACUGAACCCUGUCGGUUCAGCGAAUUUUGUCGAUUGGUACAU